AUGGUCAUCACAGCCGUGGUUACAGAAAAAGAGGCCAGCUUACUGCUUGCGCCUCAGAAAACAACCUUCAAGCUUCCUCAUGCCGAGAAGUCCAACGGGAAGAUUGUGCCGAUCCAGCAUGACCCGUCCAAAAAAGUGAACUUCGGUGCCGAAGUGUACGGCAUCGACUUGAAUAACUUUUCUGACGCCGAUUUUGAUUUCAUUCAUGACGCUUUGCAUCGCCAUAAACUCCUUGUGUUCAAGGAACAGCCAGCUAUGCUGAAGCCCGAACAACAAUACAAACUCACUUCAAGCUUUGAUCCUCAUGAGAAAACCGGCGGGUUUGCCCACGGUGCUGACCCAUUGCUGGCAACUCACAACGGCGUCAACAUCUAUGGAAUUCCGAAACGUCCAGCCAUCCCCGUGCAGCCGCAAGUUCAUAUCUUGGGUCGUGGUCCCGUUCCCGAGAAUCAUUAUUCUUUCCCCCCUGGUUUCGAAAUCCAAGGAAUUGAUCAUGAGGAGUUCCAUCUGCCCCCUCAUAUUCCCUCCGACGAACGUGAGAAGGGCGCUAGUAGAUUCUACCAGUGGCAUUUCGAUGGUGCGCUCUAUAAGAUUCCCCCUCCCAGAGUUGGAUGCCUGCUAGCCGUGCGAACACCCAAGGGUCCCGACGUAAAUGUGCGUUGGGAUGACGGUACAGGCACAAGUAUGACCAUCGCACCAGGAGCUACCGCCAUGGUCGAGGGCUCCCGUGCAUUGGAUAUCUUGGACGAAGAAACUCGUAACAUUGUCUUGAAUAGCCGGAUUGAAUACGCGCCCCAUGCUUUCGUUUGGAUGUCGACAGCGCAUAGCUCCCGGUUGGGGCACUUAAUCGAAACCGAGGGUUUGGAGAAACCAUUGGACGAACUGCCACCUUGGAAACCAGAGCAUGUGUGUAUCUAUCCAAUGGUAUGGACUAACCCCGUUACGGGUGAGAAGUCGCUUCAGGUGCAUGGGCAGGGAGCCUUCAAGCUGUAUCUGAAGAGCGCACCGGAUGCAGAGGAGAAAGUGGUGGACGACCUUAAAGAAGUGAGAGCCUUCAUGAACAGAAUCAUGAGGCCUGCGUUGGAGCCUGAAAACAUAUACGCCCAUCGACACGAAGAGCAGGACGUGAUACUUUGGUACAACCGUGCCUUGUGGCAUUCUAUUACGGAGUUCCCCAAAUCAUACGGGCCUAGAAUCAUGCACCAGUGUAACGUUGCCGCAAGUGAUCACCCCUCCGGAUGA